GGAGUGAUGAAGAGAAGGUGCAGUGGAAAUAAGCUUGGCAAAUCCAAGUAACCUAUGAAACCCACUCGAUCCAAACAUAACCCAUAACAAAAUACAACCUCAAUGCACCUUCAAAUGUCGAAUACUUGAAAUAGGGAAAGAGGUGCUGACUCACGGUCACAACUCGGCCGAGUUACCGAAUACAACACAAAUGCGCCAUACCCCUUGAUCAUGACGUUCACAGGGUGCAGCCCCACCCACCUUCCAAAUCUAUGGUUCAAUCUAUUAAAAAGCUUGUUGAAGAUAUAUGUUUGGUGCAUAAUCUUUUCCAUCUAAUUUGCAGAUCCAAAGUUCGUUGUGGGUUAUGUGAUUGCGACAGAAUUCGUGAAAUGUACGUCUGUUUGACGAUAUUGUUGUCCGCGAGCAUAAAAAGAAUGUAGGUACAUGUAACAUAGUAUUGUUUUCAGAAAGGUACUGGGUAUUCAAGAUGUUUUCAAUCAAAGCAUCUUUACUCUUGGUCCUUCACUUGAGUCUAUUUUCACAAGCACAACUUACUGGCCCAGUUGGUGCAACUACACCUCUUUCCAAAAAGACUACUGAGUGCAACAUUCGCACUCUAUAUCCGGCCUUCAAUCCUCUUACCGACGAUGUCUCUAUCCCAAUUACAAACGCCUUUACCUCUUGUGUUCAAAAACAUGCUGGUAGUCGAUUAAUUGUGCCUGCUGGUAACUAUACACUCAAAACUAGUAUCAUCUUGAGUAAUGCAACGAAUUGGGCUUUUCAACUGGAUGGUCUUAUCACCGCAACUUAUUAUCCAAAUUCGACCGACUCGACUUAUGUUGUGCCAUAUGUUGUACCUCGCGCAAAAAUUCUUGAAGGAUUUGCAGGUGUAGAGAAGUUAAAUAGUACUAUCAAUGGAGAAGGAGAUGGGGAGUUCCUGGAGAACUUGAUUGUCAUAAUCAAUGCCGUUGAUUUCGAACUCUACUCCUCUAAUGGUCUUGGAGCAAUUCAAGGCCAAGGUUACUUGUACCGUAUUUCUGGAAACACCAAUCGACCUCGAAUGCUUCGUCUCAUUUCCCCAAUUAAUGCUACAGUUCAUGAUCUACUUUUAAUCGACAGUCCCAAAUUCCACUUCAUAUUUGAUUUUGGCGAGAAUAUUGAAGUAUAUCACCUGACUAUCCGUGGAGCUAAUUUGGGUUCUUAUGAUGGGAUUGAUGCUAUUGGGACCAAUUAUUGGGUUCAUGAUAAUGAGGUAACAAAUAGAGAUGAAUGCGUAUCUGUUAAAAGUCCUUCCCAUCAUGCGCUGGUAGAAAAUUUGGUUUGCAACCAAGUUGGCUCGGGGAUCUCAAUUGGAAGUUUAAAUGUUUCGGCCGAGAUAUCAAACAUUCAUGCACGCAACAUAUCUGUCCUCGGCGGUAACGAAAUCGUCUUCAUAAAAACCUACCCCGGCGGCUCCGGCUACGUCUCCAACAUUCUCUGGGAAAAUUUCCGUUCUAAGGCAUCCCUCUACGGAAUAAACCUCAACCAAUACUGGCAACAAACCUACCUCCCCGAUAGUGGCGCCGUCGCCCUAACCAACAUCACCUUCCGCAACUUCACCGGCUCCAUCCAAGACGGCGCUAAACGUCCUGCUCUCUACCUCCUCGCCUCUGACUACAUCCCCGCAACAAACGUCACCAUCAAAGACGUCACCGUCUGGACUGAAAGCGGAAGCACAAGCGUAAACCACAUUUCUAACAUUUUCGGCCAGGGGGAUGAUGUCUAUGAGACGAACGACGGUCUUGUUAGUCUGGGCGCGGGAGAAGAUCCAAAAACCAAAACGUAUACGAGUACGUAUACGGUUACUAGUGCACCGACAGGAUGGGCAACGCCCACGUGGCCAAGUUGGGCGGUGCCUACGACGGGGUAUGGUACCGCGGUGCCGAUUCCGGUGUAUACACCUGCGCCGUUGUGGAAGCCUCAGGGGGAUUAUGAUAAGCAUUAUUGGGGGACCUUUUAGAGGCUUGAGUAGAGAUGAGGGAGGUGGUAGAGGGUGAUUCUGAAUUCUUGCGA